AUGGCCGCUUUAUCAUUUUCUCUCGCCCCCGAGGCGCUGUACCAGCUGCACGAUGCACUGACGUGCCUUGCCAAGUUCCAUGAGACAGUAGCCAUCGAGGCCGAGUUCGAUCUGCUUCGUCUGAGUGUGCUCAAUUCUACUAAAACAGCAUAUGCUGCCUUUGUCUUUGAAGCGGACACCUUCUUUGAGUCCUACUCCUUUGACAUGCCACGGGGUAGUAGAGCAUCUAGGACUGGCCGUCCCGAUAGAUUCUGCUGUCAACUGUACAUCAAGGCAUUGCUCUCUGUCUUUAAGGGGAGAACCAGAGAUAAGGAUACCGCAGUUGAACGCUGCGAAGUUGAGUUGCAUGAGCACCUGGAUCAAACCGAAUGCAGGCUGGCCAUUAAGAUGAUAUGUGGACUUGGGGUCAUCAAGUCCUAUAAGCUCACUUAUGAGCCAACUACGGUUAACCAUGCCGUCUUUGACAGGACGAAAACGACAAAUCAGUGGAGCAUAGAACCUAGAUUUCUAAGAGAGAUAACAGAUCAUUUCAGUCCCUCUGCAGAGCAGUUGGACAUUUACUCUGAAAAUGGCAAGGCCGUUUUCACUAGCUUUACUACGAAGAUCACAGAUGGAAAAGAGAUUCUCAAGAAGCCGGUCCAUACAUCAGUGGCUAUCGACAAAAAGGACUUUGAAUAUUUCCUAGCGGAAGACAAUCUCCACAUUGCAAUCACCUUAAAAGACUUCAAGGCAGUAAUAGCACAUGCUGAGUCUGUACAUUCAACACUCACAGCUCGAUACACACGCCCAACGCGGCCCUUGCAGCUUGCGUACGAUUUCGGGGGCGUGAAGACCGAAUUUACUCUGAUGACAACAGGAGACGCCGAUAGCGAUGUCCCAGAUUCAUCUCGUGCGCCAGAAUUAUCGGCAAGGCAGACGCCUGCUCCAGUCAGCGUCAGUCGAGCGAACGUUACUUCCAAUACGAACCAUAUGCCUCCACCCCGCGCCCGAUCUAUUCGUCCGCUCACCGGAACUCCUGGAGCUUCCGUUCGUGGCACAGAGACGAACACCCAAAGCCAGCGGCCGCCCCCUGCAUCCAUCCAGUUCGACAGCCUGUUCGUACCAGUAGAUGAUGACAGGCAAUGGGAUGUACCGAACGACGAAGAGGAAGAAGCCGAAGACAGACUUGGCUGGGAUGCAACUGGCGAUCAGCAGACAUUCGACGAGAGUCUCGCCCCCCGCUUGCGAGAUAAUGAGCCCAGCAUGCCUCACCAAGACACAAGCCAUGAUGAAGAUAUGGGUAUCCCCCCGACGCAACGUAUCUCACAGCUUCACGGUCUUGGUCUCUUCGACUGA